GUGAAGUGGCUAUUUUGGUUUUGUCUCUUGUUCAGAAGUGUCGACUGGAGGCUUCUAGUCGCAAGUGCCCACUUGCUGCCUGGAACCUCGAGAGGUGUUCUUCAAAUAGCUGUAUCGGUUCCGAUCCAGUUAGAGGUAUUUGUGUUACCUGACAGACGUCGGACGCAGACUGCUUUCGGCUACAUGAAAUAAGCGAAAGUGUCAGUGCAGUAACAACGAACGCAUUGUUCACAAUGAAUGUGAACUAAUUUCGGCAAUUGCGAGAAUCAUUCAUUACAAUUCCAAUUUUUUGGAAGGCCUGUGCAUGACACUUACUACAGUUCGAGAUUUUGGAAAGUGACAUCCGAUGCUGGAGGAAGAUGAGGCAUCGGAAUAAAGAUAAGAUUUAGGGGGAACGAUUUAAAAGCGCACUUAUCAAAACUGAACAGACAAGAAAUAACACAUGUCCAUCACCACAAGAUACAGAUAAAAACGGAAGGAAAACCAAAGACUGAUAAUACGAAAUAAAGAAACAUAUCAGAGUUAAAGCUUUCUUUGAAAUAAAUUGUCUUUUGAACUGUAAGAAACUGGGAACUGAAUUACCUCAAAUUUUAUUUACCGAAACGUCAUCGUCGCUUUAAAUCCAAAGGAGUCGUUUUUUUUGUUUUUUUUUAUUUAGUUUUGAAAACAUUAUUUUAGAAUCAAUGGAAGGAUUUUUAAAGUAUUUUCGUCUAGCAGCAGGGCGUUGAAAUAGCCCAAGUUGGCAUCAAACUAAAGAUCAUAUGUGGCAGUUGUUUUCCCGUAAUUUUCAGCAAAAGUGAACACGGAUUUGUGGUUUUUGUUCUGUUUUGUGGAUUACUCUCACUGUAGUUACCUCAGUUCGACCUCAGCCACCACAAGAUAGCAAAGCACAGGUUGGAACGAUGCCAGAUUCACCUGCUGAUGUCAAAGCCCAGCCCAGGUCAACUCCACCCACCAUGCCGCCUCCUCCCCCAGCUGUCACACAGGCAACGAAUCGUAACACCUCUUUCACACCUACCACGAUGCUAAAUGGAAGCAGCCACUCCCCAACAGCCCUCAAUGGUGCCCCUUCCACACCAAAUGGUUUCAGUAAUGGCCCUGCCAUGUCAUCGACAGCCUCUCUGUCCAAUCAGCAGCUACCACCAGCUUGUGGCGCCAGACAGCUCUGCAAACUAAAGCGCUUCCUCACUACGCUGCAGCAGUUCGGCAAUGACAUCUCCCCUGAGAUUGGUGAACGAGUCCGCAGCUUGGUCUUAGGCCUAGUGAACUCCACACUAACUAUUGAAGAGUUUCAUUCAAAGUUACAGGAGGCCACCAAUUUUCCUCUGCGGCCCUUUGUUAUCCCUUUCCUCAAGGCAAACCUGCCGCUGCUCCAGCGUGAACUUCUGCACUGUGCCCGGCUUUCAAAGCAAACCCCAGCUCAGUACUUGGCUCAGCAUGAGCAACUGCUGUUGGAUGCCAAUGUCAGCUCUCCACUGGAUUCCUCCGAAAUGUUGCUGGAAAUCAACGAGCACGGCAAGAGGAGGACACCUGACAGGACCAAAGAGAACGGGUCAGAGCGAGACCCCCUGCACUCAGAGCACCUCCCGAAGAGACCGUGUACAGUGAGCCCCAGCCAGCGAUACAGCCCAAGCAAUGGGGUCCCUCCUCAUGCUCCACCCAAUGGGAUGCCUUCCCACCCUCCAAAUGGUCUGGCGCACCCCACACCCCCACCUCCACAACACUACCGCUUGGAGGACAUGGCACUGGCACAUCACUACCGCGAUACAUAUCGACAUUCAGAACACCGGGACAUUCGGGAGAGACAUCGACAAGUGGCCAUGCAUGCUGCUCGCCAGGAAGAAGUAAUUGAUCAUCGUUUGACGGAUCGGGAAUGGGCAGAAGAGUGGAAGCAUCUUGAUAAUUUACUGAACUGUAUCAUGGACAUGGUUGAAAAAACAAGAAGGUCUCUCACAGUACUUCGGCGAUGCCAAGAAGCAGACCGGGAAGAAAUGAAUCACUGGAUAAGACGUUAUAGUGAUGCAGAAGAUAUGAAAAAAGGUGGGAGCUCCACCCAGCGUCCUCCUCCUCCUCUUCCUCCUCACAACUCCUCCUCUUCCUCUUCCUCGAACACCAACAGUUCCUCUAACACCUCCGAGGCACAGCCGCUAGAGAUUCACCGUGAUUUUUUGCACAGACCGCCAUCAGGGUACAUGCCUGAAGAAAUCUGGAGAAAAGCAGGUAAUGCAAGCAUCCCUCUGUCACCAGCAAUAAAACAGAUGCAAAGCAAACAGGAAGAGGCUGUGAAUGAAGUGAAGCGACAGGCGAUGUCAGAGUUGCAGAAGGCUGUGUCAGAUGCGGAGCGCAAGGCACAUGAGAUGAUUUCUGCUGAGAGGUCCAAAAUGGAACGAGCACUAGCUGAAGCUAAAAGACAAGCCUCAGAGGAUGCACUAACAGUUAUUAACCAGCAGGAAGACUCAAGCGAGAGCUGCUGGAACUGUGGACGCAAAGCAAGUGAAACCUGCAGUGGCUGUAAUACGGCACGUUACUGUGGCUCCUUUUGUCAACACAAGGAUUGGGAAAAGCAUCAUCACGUUUGUGGGCAAGGGCUGCCAGGGGGCAGCAAUGCACCUUUAGGCACUUCCACGUCCUCUUCAGCACCCCCAACUCACUCUGAAGUAGUGACGUCGGCACCACCUGUGGUAACAGGGACAGCCCAGAAUGGUGGCGGAAGCAGCAGCAGCACAGUAGGCAGUCCAAAAGAAGUAAGCUCCAGCAAUGCCUCUAGGUCCACUACCCCUGCCACACCUGUUCUGCUUGACAACGCCUCUCGCUAACCACUGUAGGCAUCAACAUCAGCACCAUAGCCGGGAUCCCACUGCUGCUACCAAUUUCGUAUUCCAAAAGAAAAGGAAGAAUACUUGCUGCAAAAAUGUAAACUAGUGCUACUUGUAUUCUUAGCUACCUGAAGACUACGUCCUGACCUCUCAGUCUCCAGCUGCCCUAGAUCCUGGUCACAUUCAAGCUUUUUCCUACACACCUAGACAGGCAUCCAUUCAUGUGUACAAACAGGGCUUAUUUUACCAGAAGCCAAAGCAGGCAAUAAGAGUCACUGCUAAAAAAAGAAGCAUUUUAGGAAUGUAAAUCAAAUUGAAUUAACAUUAUUUUAAUGUGUGCUGCAUUUCCAACACUGAUGAUAUCCAAAUGCUAUAAAAAGUGCUUACGAUCAGUUAAAAAAAAAAAAAAACAAGACCUAAUCAUCCUUAAUGCAACAGUAAAAACAGCUAUCUGCAUUAACAACAUUAAAGUAACUCAUUAUUAAGUACUAUGGAAAGCUUGCAUUUUAGCUGUCAAUUUAAUGCUGUUUUUACUGUCACACAUUGUGCAGCAAUUAAUAAGAAAAAGACAAAAGGCAGCUUUGAACAACUGCAUGUUUAUGGAUUGUAGGCUGUAAAAUAAGCCCAGUUUACACAAGAUAAAUCAGGAGUGGCAGAAUAUCUACUAUUUCUUGCUUUUGCCAAUUCAACAGGGUGGAUGCUUAACGCCACCUUGUGGAACUUUACUUAUACUGCACACUCCAUUGUUGAGAUUGUUAUAAGCAGGCAUGAAUAUUCUGCCAGUGCCUACCUGUCAACCAGUCUACUUUAUACUAUGGAUACAAGAGAUGCAGAUUUCAAUCAUGUGCUUCUCUAUACAAACAAAAUUGAUUAGCUAUUGACCAGGUUCUUGUUGGGGUUCCCUGUCUUGCAUGGAGAAUUAAAGCAGCACACUUGAAAGCUCCUUAAACUCAAGAGGAAUUGUGAGCUUCAAGAGAAACAUUUCUAAACUGGUGCAUUUACUUCAAGAACUGCCACUAAUGUUAAAAUGAAGAUAAACUGUCUCUAUAGAAGAAAAACACACAAAAAGGAUUUACUUUUUAUUGUUUUAUCUUUUUGGCUUUAAUAACAAACAAGAAAAAAAUCCAAAAAUGAUAAAGGAAGAUCACCCGUUAACUACCUUGCUAGCUAGCCAAGAAAUCUAUGCCGGACUCACCUCUCUGCUCUGAUGUGAAUCCAAAUAAAAUUUUAAAAACAUAAUCCAAACCUUUCUAUUAUUGUUACACUGCCAAAGUUACUAAGAAAAAAGGAGCAGCAUUCAACUUCUUACCAAACACAGUUUGUCAACAGCUUAGUCAACCCAGAGAGAAACAGGCUUUAGAGGACAAGUGAGAAAACCAACAAAAGGAAUAAAAAUAAAAUGCAAACUAAUAGGAUGUGUUAUAGUGAGAUACAAUUCCACAAUGAAGGGAUCGAAAGUUAAAAACACUUCUAAUGUUUUUUAAACAAAAGGAAAAAAAAAGAUGUUGAAAGGCAGAGACUUUUGGAAAUGGGAAUAUGGUGGGAAAAGGUACUUGACUUUCAGAAAUGAACAUUUCUAUUUGCUUUUUUCUUCUUUGUUUGAUUUUUUUUAAAAAAGAAGAAAAUGGAAAAAAUACAAAGAUUGGUUUAAUAAUUCUCAGUGGAUGGAAGGAAGAUCUGAGAAAGCUUUGUACAAUAUAACUGCUCUAAUGAAGUUAUUUUAAUGCCAUUUAAAAACAUACACAUUUCAACAGGACAAUCCAAAGGGCACCUGCCUUUACAAUUCCCCUUUUCUUCCAAAGCAUGAAAUGUCUAAAAAUGUAUACAGUACAUUAUCAUUCUCUGUCUCACCACCCCCCCAUCCUCUUUUUCUCAUUUGCUGCCUACCUCUCCUUCUCUCCUUACUUGUUUGUCUACUGUCAUACUUCUCCUAAAUAAAAUCAUCCCUCCUAGAAAAGACCUCUGGGUGAAAAAAGAGAUGGGGACGUUUCUAAUGAGUAACAUUUUUAUUAAGUGCAUAUUGUUUGUGAUGUUUGCUGUUGUUGCCCAAGUAAGGUUAAAAAAAAACAAAAAACUCUAAAGGUAGCAAAAAAACACUUUUUUUCAGUAGAUUCGGGUUGAAGUUACUAUAAGAAAGGGAAACUAACUCAGUUCAACCUCUUGUAUCUGUUCUUGAACAUAAUUGAAGAAUCUAAUGUAAAAUAUUUUGUAUUGUGAGGACAGAGGUGCAAUAUGGGAUAAACAAAAUUCAGCUACUGAAUGGAUCCUCGGUUUACGAGUAAGUGUGCAUGUGUGUGAAUAUAUACAUAUAUACACAUACAUGUAUGUAUGUACAUAUAUACAGUAUAUAUAUAUAUGUGUGUGUACUGUAUAUUUGUAUAUACUCACACCUACAUACACAGCAAUUAAUGUGAAUGUAUAUAGUAUUUAAAGUUUUUGCCAAAUAAUUGAAAAAUUUUUAAGUACACAAUUUAGAAAAAUGUUAUUUUUUCUGACCUUUUUUCAUGUAUUUAAAUGUAAACUCAUUCAGAAGCUCAGUUUUUUCACAUUUGCCAAUUCUGUUGCGUUUGUAAAUUAAAAGGCAAAAAUUACUCCUUGUAAAACAAAACACUUAGUACCCAGUCCUUAAACUGCAGAAGUAGUGUGCUAUGUUAGAAACUUUUCUGCCCUUACUAGUAAGAUACACAUUUUAUGUGCCGCAUGUACAGUAUGUCCCUAAAUCUUGUUUUUGUUCUGCAUUAAACUAAACUGAAAGCUUUA